AUGUAAAUUUUGAGGUUAGGUUUGCCUUUUAUUUUUGCUAAUGUGAACUUUUGAAAACUGCAUCCGAACAAAAUCGAGCAAAUCGUGGAAAAACUCAAUCAAUUUUCAUUCAAUUGUUGUUUUUCAAGUGAAAUUCAUAAUGGUUUUCACAUCGAUCGUAAACUUAAUUCGUUCGAGGGGUCCAGAUGAACUUUGGCGCAAGCGGAAGAUCUUUAAAUUAGCUGCGCAUUACACUGGCCGAAAACGUAAUUGUUAUACAUUGGCAAUCAGAAAUGUUCAUCGGGCAUUGGUAUAUGCCACAAAAGCUCGCAAGCUAAAGAAAGAUGAUUUGAAUGAGUUGCGUGACGCUCGUAUAUCGGCUGGCUGCAAUCAGUUUGGCAUCGAAUUACCCGCAUUCCGUGAAGGGCUGGCCAGAAGCAAUAUUAUGUUAAAUCGAAAAUCAUUGGCUGACUUGGCGGCUUGGGAGCCAAAAUCAUUUGAAUCGCUGGUGAUGAUCGCUCGUGAACGUGCCGUUCAAGAUGGAUUACGCGGCGUCCAUGAAGUCAAUGCUGACAAUCGAGUAGUUUAUGCUAAUGACGAACAAAAAGCAGAAAAAGAGAAAUACAAAGAUACUGUGCCCUCCAAUUACACCACUUAUUUCAGAGAAAAACCUUACUUUAAUUAAUCCAAUCAUUUGUGUUAGAGCAAGAAUUUAAAAAUUCUAUAGAAAUAAAGUUUAUCGAAAUGAAAAACAA